CCGCAGCCUGCAGUCCACCAGACCAGACCGAACGAAGGUGAAGCAGCAACGCACUGGACAAACAAGGCAGCCGGCUCUCUGUAUAUCCAAUUAUUAAACCAGGACCAGAGAAAGAGCAACAACACAACAACUGGGACAGGAAGGAACCACAAUACAGCAAGCACGAAAAAAAAAACACAGCAGCGUGUGCUUCCUUAUUGCGUGGACCGCCGACUACAGAAGAACGCUUCUCUUAAAUAUACAUAUACAUGGUAGAUAGCAGGUGCUGCAUUGGCCGCUUCCUUUGAUUAUUAUUAUUAUUAUUCGUGUCGGGGUGCCUCUCAGUGGAAUCCUAGGAUGAAGCGGCUCUUCUGUGUGGAGUGGCUGUCCCAGAGCAGCGACCGCCCCCCCUGCCCGGCUCUCCCUGCCCCCCAGGAGGGGCCGCUGCCGGGGACCCCCCAGGAGAGCCUCCCCGGCUUCUACGCGAAGGUGGGCGCAGGUUUAGGGGUGCAGCAGCAGCCGCAGAGCCGAGCUGACUCGGACAGCCCGCUGCAGUCACCCGGAUUCCCGGCGCGUCAGAGGAACCGACUCAGCACCGCAGCCGUGAGCGACGCCGCCUCGGUCAGCAGCGCGGACGAGACGUCAGGGUACGAGAGCGAGGGCUGCCGGUCGGUGUCCCCGGUCUACCCACUGUCUCCGCCCAGGCAGGACAGACCCGGCGUGGACCCGCACUCUGAGCCGCCGGGCCGGCGCCCCCGCACCGCCUUCACCGCGGAGCAGAUUAACCGGCUGGAGAGGACCUUCAAGAAGCAGAGCUACGUGGGGACGCGAGAGAAAGAGGAGCUGUGCAAGAAACUGAACCUGUCCGAGAAACAGAUCAAAAACUGGUUCCAGAACCGCCGCAUGAAGCUGAAGAGGACCCUGCAGGACGCCCUGGCCCAGGCCUGCCACGCCAAGGUGGCUUCCCAGCUCCUGCACUACCCCGAGCUCCAGACUUACGGUCCGAGCCCCUUCGCUGGAUAUUACCCGGCGCAGGACGGCACGGCCGCGUACCUGUCAGCGAUGCAGUACCAGGCUGCCUCUGCGCCGCUUCUGACCGCGCUCCCGGCCCUGCCCAUGGAGGCGGCCGUGUACCCUUACGGCGUGCCACCAGGAGUGGUCAUACCGGCAAACAGCGCCGGUCCCGGUAACGGCAGUAUGAUGAGGAGAUACCACCCGUACGCACCCUAUUACUGACAGGACCGCGGCACUGAUCGCUAUGAGAGACCCGAGAGCCGAUAAGCAGCUGUUGUCGACUCCUCUGUUGCUGGCGGCGAUUUUGAGAGACACUUUCAAAUAUUAUCGCAAAUCCAACUCCAGUUGGAUUGCAGUUUGAUCCAUUCCUGGUUUUAUUAAAAGUUUAAUAAGAAGACACGCCUGAGCUUGUUACCUAUAGACACACACUGUGGCUCCUUAUAGUAAACCCCGGAAUGGGUGAAUCUGCGAUGCAAUAGGAGUCUCGUUGCCAUCCAUGUGCUGGAUUACCCUGUGUUUAAAAACUGUUGGUUUUAGUGGCUCGAUUUUAAGGGCAGUGCAACAUAAUGUUGCUCGCUAUGGCUGUGCGCUAAUGUUUGACUGACUGACAGGCCUUAUUCAAAGUGGCGGUCUUUGACCGGAUCUGUGCAGAGGGGUGGUAAACGGGUGCAGCACAGCAUCGGUAUAUAUUGUGGAGUGGUUUACAGUUCAGGGCAUUGGGUGCAAUAUUGGGUUCUUCUCUUGUUAUAAUUAUUAUGAUUGUUUUUUUUAUAUUCUAUUUAAUAUACAAAGUGUACAUAAUGUGUAUGUGUGUGUUUUUUUCUAAAGAAAAUUCGGAAAUGCAUUCCAACUUCUACAGUGUAUUAUAUAAAAAAAUAAAAUCAUUGUUGAAAUGAUAUGUAUCUGAUGCAAAAAAAAACCAAAACUGAAUAUUUGACGAUUUUUGUUUUGUUUUUAAAUAAAUCGUUUCUAUUUUGAGUUA